AUGAGUUCUAUGCAAUCGCAAGGAUUACCAAGCGGACGAGAAGAGUGGGCCAUACCCAGUAACAUUGCUACGCCCGGGCAAUGGCAGACAGUGGCGCCAAUAGAAGGGGAAAGAAAGAAUGGAUCCUUGGCAGACAAGGGCAACAGAGCAAACACGAAGAAGGCGACGAUGACAACGCACGACAAUGCACCUGAGUUCCAGGAUGACGAUGGCGCAGAGGACGAUGAGGACUUGCGAAACUUUAAGAUUCAAGAAAAGCAACUGCCGGUGGACGAUGAUGAUGGUGGGGACAAAGAAACGAAUCUGCAAGGCUGGUUUCUAGUCAUUGUUUCUUCUUUUGCUUGCAUUUUGGGAGCUUCAGUUGUGUUUAUAGACAAGUGCUGGUCGGCCACGGGACACCAAUCUCCAAUCCUUCAGAGCCGUGCGUUCCUAUCGGCAUCCAUGGCUCUGGCGUCUGGCGUCUUGCUUUUUUCAUCCCUUGCUGUGCUCCUGCCAGCAUCACGCCAACGGCUAGGUUCUUCGUCAUCGUAUCUGGUGUAUUUGUGUUUCUUUGGUGGAGCUCUUUUUACGUUGGCGUUAACAAAGUUGAUACAUGCUUUGACGCCCGAUGCGAUCCACGCAUGCGGCGGGCCCCCGUCACCUGCUGCACCUGAUGAUGACGGCGAAAAUGCGCACCUGCACCACGAUUUGGAGCAUGGUGACGAUGGCGAUAGCAAUCAGCAUGAUAUUGAUCAGACAAGAAGGACUGCUUCCGGUUCCGCUGAAGAACACCAUCGUCGUCAUCCUGAUGAAAAUCAGCCUAUCAAGUGCAAUCUUCAUCAGAACCAACACUAUGGAACUACAACUACAGCCAAUAAUCAUGGACAUCGUCACCACGACCCUAAUCAACACCACAGCGACACUCUUUUUAGAGAAGCACAUUUUCGAUUACAUCCUCACCGUCAUCAACAACAACAUCACAAUCACCACCACCACCACCACGAUCAAUACCAUGAACAUGAUGACCAAACUAGUCGGGAAGACUACCAACAUUUCUUACGCAUGGGGAUCCAGACUGCAGUUGCUAUAGGCGUCCACAAGUUUCCAGAGGGGUUGAUCAUGUUUGUAUCCAACAGAGCAUCGGCCAAGCUUGGAUGGAGCAUUACAGCGGCCAUGUCGAUCCAUAACUUGACAGAAGGUUUCAUGAUUGCGUUACCUUUAUACUUUGCACUUCGGUCACGCAUGGCCGCAUUCGGUUGGGCAGCGCUGCUAGGUGGACUGUCCCAGCCCAUCGGUGCGGUGCUUGGACUUGUCCUAAUGCGCAACAUUGACCAGUCGCAAGAAGAUGUUAUGUUUGGCACCACGUUUGCGUUGGUCAGUGGCAUGAUGACACUCAUUACUAUACAGAGCAUGCUCCCUCAAGCCAUCAAGGCGGAUACCGAUCAUCGAUAUGUUCUUCCAUUUUUCUUUCUUGGGAUAUUUUUUGUCGGUCUGACGGCCAUCCUAAAGUCACUAUAAACGAAGGCAGAACCACAAUAAAUCAUUAUGUAUAAGAAAUAAAUGUAAGACCCGGUGCGUCGAUGUGAUGUUACCAGGAAUGAUAAGUGACCACACCACCACAGUUAGCGUACAAUGGAAUUUCUAGCUUCGGGUAACCGACAGCUGAGUGUGCAUGUGACGC